AUGACGAUGACGAUAUUCCAGGCACUUGCAUGGGUGCUCUGGGUCGUUUCAGAUGGUGGUCCGAAGUGGAGGGUAGCUAGCUUUUCUCAUGCCGAGCUCAACUCCCAUCUCCACCGCGUCGAUCCACUGCUCUCUUCUCAUCGGCCUCACAUAUCUUUUCCUCACUCUGGUCAUUUCCGUUCUCCUCCCUCCCUCCCUUUUCUUCCCUCUUUUACCAUCCUCUGCCAUCCAGGGACUUCCCCCUUCCUGCCCCCCCAUCGACCCAUUUUCUCCUCCUUUCCCCCAUCCGUUCCCGCCGAGAACUUCUCCGCUGACCAGCCCGUUCAGGUUCGCUAUCGCUCGGACCAGGAGAGCUUAAGCCUUAAGCCUUGGGAGUCCGUCGGUCCCUCCACGCAGAAGUGUCUCGUUCUCGUUCUCCCUCCGUCCGCGCCUCACUUUAGCAGCGUUUCGCAAGCGCCCAACUCGUCAAGCUCUCUUCUACCUGCAGAGAACUACCGAAAGGGCCAGAAACCAGCAAAAUAG